UUUUUGCGAUUGGUGCUUUUAGUGCUUGCUGUUCUAAAGAAAUAUUUUGAAUAGAAAGUUUAUCGUGGAAUUAGUUAAACUGGGGCAGUGUAUGGACAAAACCGUUGCGGCAAAAAUACAAUCAGCAAAUGUUUUCUGUUCAUUAGAUUUAUUCGGCGGAUAAUUGAAUCGGCAACGAAGGCCAACGCAAGGUCAAAAUGAGGAGUUUCACAUUAUUUUCAAUCUUCCUUGUUAUUUACGUCAAUAGCACCGCAGCAGCGCGAUCCAGAAUGCCAGCCCAGCCGAUUAAGCUGUACUACUUGCCGCCGUCCCCGCCGUGCCGGGCGGUCAUGAUGCUGGCGAGGGUCAUGGGGCUGGACCUCGAUCUGGUGCUCACAAACAUUAUGGAGGGACAACAUAUGACUCCUGAGUUUUUAAAGAUGAAUCCGCAGCACACGAUACCAACGAUGGAUGACAAUGGAUUCAUUUUAUGGGAAAGUCGAGCAAUUAUGGCAUACUUGGUGAACGCAUAUGGGCGUGACGACUCUCUAUACCCGAAAAACCCACGGCUCCGAGCUCUUGUCGACAGUCGGCUGAACUUUGACAUGGGAACACUCUUUCUUCGUUACUUUAAUCUCUAUGCUCCGAUGCUAUUUCAUGGUGACGAGUAUAAUGAAGACAAUGCGGCCAAAUUAGACGAAGCCCUGGGGUGGCUGAACACCAUGCUAGAAGGACGGGCCUUCGUCGCCGGAGACAAUAUGACUAUCGCCGACAUCACUAUUGUGGUCACUUUGACUAAUCUUGAUGCAUUUGGCUACGACUUCAGUGCCCACGACAAUGUGACAAAAUGGUUCGAAAGGACGAAAAAGGCUUUGGAGCCCUACGGAUAUAAAGAUAUAGACCAAGCAGGUGCACAAAUAUUAGCCUCUUUCAUGAAGAAAGAUUAAAAGUUCGCACAUAAAAGUAAAGUAGGUACACAGGUACAAUUACAUAAUUAAGCAUUAUUUAUAUUGGUAUUUCAUGUUAAAACUUAAUAAGACAUAUAAGCAACUUUUUAUAUAACGCUUACUUCAAAAAUCUAUGAUCGAAAAUCUGUAGAUGAAUAAAAAUCAUUAAUAAGGUUACUUUCUAAUUCUUGUAUUCUAAUUAUUGUAAACCUUACACACAAUUAGUAAUAAUAGAAAAACAAAGAAUUAUUUAAAUUAUUACGAUAUAAGUACAUAGAACAAAGUUAUUUAUCACAAUGCAAUAAAACACACCGACUUAGGUUACACAUAAAACAUACCUAACACAAACACCACAACCUAAUCAAAAUGCAUAAAAUUUAGAACUAGGUACAAUGCUCAUUUCAUUAUUAUUUUAUUAUCAUUUUUAAACCCGAAAUUCAAAUAAAACCAGUUUAUGUAACCUAAUAAUAACAGACAAUAUCUCCUUUUUUUUCUCAAUAAACUUUUAUAAAAAUUUCACUGAGUUUUAAUUUUCCAUAACCUACAAUUUUCCAUUGAUGACUGAGCGUCCAAUUUUUUAAAUUCACUUUUAGCAAUAUGGCCAAUAACCUACUCGGUAACUACUGUUUAAAGGUAAUUUAGCGCAAAUUUUUAGUUUACCUAUUCUUCACUUUCGUUGGUGAAAUGGUAAAAUUUUCAAUUAUACAUAUUUAAAAUAAUUAAUUAGGAUUAUCUAUGAUCAAUCAGUCAGUCAGGACACACGCAUUUAUAUAUAAAAAGAAGAUUACUACUUAAAUAUAUGUAGUACAAUAAUGAUCCAACCAUAAUGUAAAUAAUAAUCCGUUGAAUUAGCUUGGCAGCUUUCGAUAGUGCUAUAUUCUAAAUAAAGGCGGGUUCCACUUCCUAAAUCGUUUUAGGGGAGCCACGCCUGCGCCGACGAGGUGACGUCGCCAGCAGCAGAGCUCCAGAGCGCCCGUCCGGUCGCACGAGAACGGCCGUUUGUUGAUGCAGUGAGGUAGCCAUUUCAAUUUUCAUCACAACAAUGCGCCGGCGACCGCGGCCGGCCGCGCACAUUUAACGUUUUCAAAACAACGUUCGAUUGUUCCAAUUUGAAAAAUCCACCACAAAACGACCAAACAGGGCGUUCGAUUCAUAAACAUUCCGUAGCACUAUCGAGCGCUGUCGUGUCCCGGCUUUCG